AUGACAACGACAAUUACUACAGGAACAACUCCUGCAUCCAACAUCCCGCUGACUACCUUGUUCAUACCACCCACCUCAUGCGACAAUCUUUCUUGGGUCUCAUCAGAUUGCGCGGGAACUACUUGCGAAGGCAUCUAUAACAUAGUGCGCGCGACCGAGACAGAAUGCUACCCGUCUGGCUGGGAAACCUCGGCUACGACAUUCUCACCAGGCGUACUAUGCCCAAGUGGAUAUUCUAUUGCCGCCACGACUUUGGCCUUAUUUGGUGCUGCUAGUAUAGAAACUCGGGCGACAUGCUGUCCCAGUGGAUACACUGUUGCGACUAGAAACGCACAAGAAUGGUACGAGCGUGAGCCCUGCAUCGCGACAAGCACAGGCGCUACAACAAUAACUUACACCGUUGUUGGAACUACACCAAUCACCACGACCGCUAUCACUUACUCCGACCCUCUGAUACACGCGAUGCCUGUUGGUAUUGCCUGGCAGUCAACGGAUAUCAAGUCUACAAUGACAGGGACUUCAACACCAACGACGACUCCUGACUCAGAAGACAACACAUCAGGCCUGUCCACCGGGGCGAAAGCGGGCAUCGGGGUAGGCGUCUCCGCUGGCGUGAUUGCUCUUAUUGUCGCCGUGAUUGCGUUGGUUUGGCUUCGACGGAGAAGGAACAAAGUAACCCAAGAUAGCGCACCGCCAACUCACACCGAUGAUUGCUCAACGCCACAGAAGACCACAACACAGGAUCAUGCUGAGCUGGAUGGGCAACUGAUGUCUGCAGCCGAAUUACCAGGGGAUCAACCGGGCUCGGUAAAACUCAACAAAUGA